UGCCAUGAGCUUGAUGCUGGAAACGCUGCUGGGCCCCCCGGGGGGGCUCCGCAAGGAGCCGGGCCGCGBUCCCCCGCGCUCCGCCGCCUCCAGCGGCUUCUACUCGUGGUCGGCCCCGGUGACGGGACGGGCGCGGGGAGCGGGGGCCGGCGGCGGCAGCGCGGCCGCGUCCUCCACCGAGAGCCUGGACUCGCUGAACGGCGAACCGCGGGCGCGCAACGAGAAGGAGCUGCUGCAGGUGCUGAACGACCGCUUCGCCGGCUACAUCGAGCGGGUGCGGGCGCUGGAGCAGCAGAACCGGGCGCUGGCGGCCGAGGCGGCGGCGCUGCGGCAGCAGCAGGCGGGGCGCUCGGCCAUGGGCGAGCUGUACGCGCGGGAGCUGCGGGACAUGCGGGGCACCGUGCUGCGCCUGGGCGCCGAGAAGGGGCAGCUGCGGCUGGAGCGGGCGCGCCUGGCCGAGGACGUGGCGGCGCUGCGGGGAAGGCUGGAGGACGAGGCCCGGCAGCGCUCGGAGCUGGAGGCGGCGGCCCGCGGGCUGGCGCAGCGCUCGGCGCAGGAGGAGCGGGCGCGGGCGCCGCUGGAGGAGCGAGCCCGGGCGCUGCGGGAGGAGGCGGAGCUGCUGCGGAGGCAGCACCGCGCCGAGGUGGGAGCGCUGCUGCGCGGGGCGCGCCCCGAGAUGCCCGCCGAGCCCCCCGCGUCCCUGCGCCCCGGCGUCACCGCCGCGCUGCGCGACCUGCGCGCACAGCUGGAGGGCACGGCGGCCCGCAGCACCCUGCAGGCCGAGGAGUGGUUCCGCGUGAGGCUGGACAAGCUCUCGGAGGUGGCCAAGGUGAACACGGACGCCAUGCGCCUGGCCCAGGAGGAGAUCACCGAGUACCGCCGGCAGCUCCAGGCCAAGACCACCGAGCUGGAAGCCCUGAAAGGGACCCAGGAGUCGCUGGAGAGGCAGAGGCAGGACUCGGAGGAGCGCCACCAUGCAGAUGUCCUGUCCUACCAGGAAACCAUCCAGCAGCUGGACAGCGAGCUGAGGAACACCAAGUGGGAGAUGGCAGCUCAGCUCCGCGAGUACCAGGAUCUGCUCAACGUCAAAAUGGCCCUGGACAUUGAAAUCGCUGCCUACAGAAAGCUCCUGGAAGGGGAGGAGUAUCGGCUCGAGACUGGCAUCGGGAUGCUCUCCUACCCCGAGGUGGUCCCCAAGCCUCCCAGCAUCACCACCAGCAUCAAGGUGAAGAGUGAGGAGAAGAUCAAGGUGGUGGAAAAAUCAGAGAAGGAGACAGUGAUUGUGGAGGAGCAGACGGAGGAAAUCCAGGUGACCGAGGAGGUGACAGAGGAGGAGGAGGAGGCUGAAGAGGAGAAAGCUGAGGAGGAGGGGGAGGAGGAAGAAGAAGAGGAGAAAGCUGAAGAAGAGGGUGAAGAAAAGGCCGAGUCUCCUGCAAAGGAGGAGGCCGAGUCCCCCGCAAAGGAAGAGGCCAAGUCCCCAGAGAAACCGGAGUCCCCCUCAAAGGAGGAGGCCAAGUCCCCUGAAAAGCCACCCACACCCUCAAAGGAGGAGGCCAAGACCCCCAUUGUAAAGUCCCCAGAGAAAGCCCCGACCCCCUCCAAGGAAGAAGCCAAGACUCCAGCAGUCAAAUCCCCUGAAAAGCCACCAACCCCCUCAAAAGAGGAGGCCAAGACCCCRACAGUGAAAUCCCCAGAGAAACUUGCACCUCCCUUAAAGGAUGAAGCCAAGACCCCCAGCAAAGCGGCCAGCAAGGAGGAGGAGAAACCAAAGGCUGAGGAGAAGGUGGAGGAGCCCRAGAAGAAAACAGAAGAACCUAAGAAGGAGAAGGUGGAGGAGCCUAAGAAGGAGAAGGUAGAAGAGCCCAAAAAGGAGAAGGUGGAGGAGCCCAAGAAGGCAGAGGAGCCCAAGAAAGAAAAAGCAGAGGAGCCCAAGAAGGAGAAGGCAGAAGAGCCCAAGAAAGAGAAGGCAGAGGAGCCUAAGAAGGAGGAGGAACCCAAGAAGGAGAAAGCAGAGGAACCCAAGAAGGAGGAGGAACCCAAAGCUAAAGCGAAACCCAAAGAUGAGCCCAAAGCCAGUAAGGAUCCCCCCAAAGUCGAGGCUCCCUCUGGCAAGGAGGGCACAGCCCCGGAGCCGGCGCCGGGGAAGAAGUGACGGGAGAGCCCCGGGCGCCGAAGGCACCUCCGGGUGUGGGAGCCACUCCACUCCCUCCGACGGCCGGGCCCAGGGUGGCACCCCAGGGACCCCCAGAGCCACCCAGGCCAGGCUUUCCCUUAGCAAUAGGCCCGUGAGAGCCCCUCGGGUGGGCGAUUGCUUCCCUCGCAGAACGUGAUAUUYGCCGAGCGCCACAUUUAAACACUUGAAUUAUAACCCAGGAGAAAGGGGGAACCCCCUGGGGGAACCCCCUGCCCUUCUCCUCUAAGUGCAUUUAUUUAAUGUAUGUGCAAUGGAUGGAUGAGUGCAAUGCAGAGCUGUAGCUGCUUGUGGGGGGGCUGGCGGGGUCCUGCCCUGCCCUGGGGGGUGACAGUCCCUGAGGGCRGUGCUGGGACAGGCUGGGAGCUGCUGGAACGCUCACAGACACACACAGUGCACCAGAACCUCAGCCCACUGAUCUGUGCUUUCUGUGCAAUAACCAAAUAAAAGUGCUUACAGAGACACYCGGGCUCU